AUGUCGAUCAUUCGCAUUAAAUGUUUAUUAUAUAUAUACAUACAAUUUAAUUGCACAGCAUUAAACAGUGUGGUGGUCGUUUGUGCAUUCCAUUCCAACUUUCCCGAAAUAAAUCAACAAAUCAGCAGUUUGAUGCAUGAUCUUGUUUCUAUAUAUUUUUUUUCUUUUCGUAUCAUCGUCGAAUAGUAACAAUUUCUUCACGAGGAAAAUUUGAUAAUCAUUUGUGUCGGUGAUAAAAUUGUGAAGAACCACGAAAGAACAGUACACAGAAAAAAAAAAAGAAUCAUCGACCCCGAUUAAUUGAGUUAGUGUUGAAUAAAGAUCUCUCUUUCGUUCUAAAAAAGGUGUCCCUGGAAUUCGUUGACAUAAUAUUAAAUGAGACAAAUCAAGUAAAGAUUGUAUUCCAAUUAAUCAACAAGUGAACAACAGCAACAACAAUAAACUAACAAGCAUACCAUGGCAUUUUUAUGCCCCGUUCGAAUAGGUCGGAGUCGGAGUAAAAAGAAAUCGGUUAGUGGUGAAAUUGAUAAGGAUUUAACGAGAUCAAACAGUGGUCUUGGAUUAAAUCAUGGAUUGGGUCGUAUCACUGGAUCGGCAAGCAUUGAAACAUUGGUUCGUGUUGGCAUUGAGAAAGAGCAUGGAUUAAGUCCCGACUCAAAAAUGGUCGUUUUGCAUGAUUUCACACCGUGCGUCGAUGACGAAUUGGAAGUGAAGCGUGGACAAAUUGUGAACAUUUUAUAUCGUGAAAAUGAUUGGGUUUACGUUAUUGGACAAGAUACACGUCAAGAAGGUUUCAUACCAUACUCUUAUUGUACACCAUAUAAUACACAAUUGGCCGAUUUGGCCAUCAAGAAAAAGCUUCCCCGCACUGAACAAAUGCUAUACUUUGGCAAUGAAAAUGGAAAUGACAAAGGUGAUUCGAAUGCAAAUACUAACAACAAUAGCAAUGACACAAAUAAUAACAAUGAGGGAAACAGCAAUAACAAUGAGCAUAAUAAUGGAAGUAAAUUGAAUAAUCCGAAUUCGGUCGAUAAUACUGAGCAUAACACUGGAACAAAGACAAAUAAUCAAUCAUCUGCAUCUGAAUUAAUUGAAUUGUCCACAGCCGAGAUUCUUGAUGAUAAUACAAUGUCUGGUUUGAUUGGACUACAAAAUUCCAUGCUUAAACAUUCACAGGCUAGUUUAAGCUCCGAUCAAGACUACAUUCCAUUUGCAAAAGAUAUUUGCGGACGAUACAUUGUACUCUAUACAUUUAUCGCGCGCGAUGAGAACGAUGUGUCAGUUGAGCGCGGAGAAUUUGUUACGGUUUUAAAUCGUGAAGAUCCGGAAUGGUUUUGGAUUGUACGCAGUGAUGGCCAAGAAGGUUUUAUUCCGUCAGGAUUUGUGUACCCGGCUGAUAAUAUUUUGCAAAAUAGUACAAAACCAUCGGCACAAAAUGCAUAUAAUGCAGCAAUGAAUCAAUUGAAUGAUGCCCGUCAAUUACAGAAUCAAACGUCGGAGGCAAUCGUGACCAAUGAUGCGAAUACAUGUCAAACGCACAAUUUGCAAAUGAGCACAGCCAUCGGCCAUGUAAAUAAUGGUAUAAACGAUCAAACGAUGCUGAACAAUGGUGCAACCAAUAAUUCCAGUAAUACCAAUAAUCAAGUGCAAGUUUCGCAACAGCAACAACAACAACAACAACAACAACAACAACAGCAGCAGCAACAAUCCAUUAUUGGUGGUUCGGAAGAUUUGCGCUAUCAUGGAACUGAAUUAGUUAUGUUGUAUGAUUACAAGGCUCAAGCUCCAGAUGACUUAUCGGUACGCCGUGGCGAUUGGAUCUAUGCCGAUUUGAAUAAUCAAACGGUGGAUGGUUGGCUAUGGGCGUAUGCUCCAAAAACCCGAAAAUAUGGCUUCAUUCCAAAAGCAUAUGCACGCACACCUGCAAUGACUAGUCUCUGAGUGGUGGAGAAGAGCAAGAGAGAUAGAUAGAGAUAAAGAGAUAACGAGAGCUCCAGUCCAACGAAACAGUGCUAUAAAUAAAAUAGUUAUACGUUUAGAGUUUUUUUUAACGAUUUUGUUUGUCAUCAAUUUUUGUUUGUAAGCCUUUCACGAUUUACCUUUCGAAUCUCUAAUAUUCUUUUUAAAAUAUCAUAUUUAAAAUGAAUUUUCUAUUUUUAUUUUUUAAAUUGAAAAUAUUUUUUCGGUCGUCUUUCCAGUGAACUUUUUGAAAUGGCCGUGUCUGCAUUAACAUAUUGACAUAAAGUCACAGUAUAAGUUAUUAUCAAUAAUUAGUUAUUUUUAAUUUAUCAAUGAACGAACAUUACUAAAAAAACAAC